UUCUGGGGCAGUUUAGACACUGGAGAAGAGCCUGCCUGAGUACAUCAGGACCAUAUCUGGGUGGAAGGCUCAUAUCCAGCUACCAUCCUCCAUCCUCUCAUCCGGCCAGCAGUUACGCUUGACAUCAUUCAAGUUCCAUCAGAAAAAGCAGACGUGGCCAAGAAGAGCAGAAAGAACCAGGAGAGGAAGUGAGAGAUAGCUGUUCUUCCCCGCUACCAUCCCAGUGUCAUCACCCUGACGACAAGUCUUUUACUAUACCUGAUUUUGUUCCUCCGACUCCUCUUGAAAAUGCAGACCACCAAGAGCAAAUCCAUCAGCACAGUUGCCGCAGCUCAUGCUGUUGCUGAGGAAAGAAGAAGUCAAAGUGGGUUUCACUCAGUCCCUUUCCAGUCUUCCAACACAAGAACUCCGUGCAAGCCUGUAAUCGAUGGAUCUGUGCUGAGGAAUGACAUGAAACAAAAGCUGGCGAAAGAACGUAGAGAAGAAAAACGAAGACAACAAGAUGCUAAUAAAGAAACUCAGCUACUUGAAAAAGAAAGAAAGGCCAAAAUCCUGUAUGAAAAACAGCUGGAAGAAAAACAGCGGAAACUUAAAGAGCAGAAAGAAAAAGAUGAACAGAGGCGAAUAUCAGCUGAAGAAAAAAGAAAACAAAAAUUAGAGGAAGAAAGGGAAAGAUUUAAAGCUGUUCUUUAUCGAACCCUGGAACGGAGCAACCGUGUCGAUCGUCAAAAAAGAUGGUCCUGGGAAGGCUCUACAAUGCCUUUGAAUUCUGAAAGUAAAACUGGUGAUAAACAUCCUUUAUCUGCUGACAAAUUAGGACACGAAACUUCUGGUUUACAGAAACAAACACCUUUGUCAUCUGCCAGUCUUCACAAUUCUACUGCGAAGAAAAAAACGGAUAAGACAAGAAGCUCAUCUUUGAAUAGACGAUACAGCAAACGAAAUCCAUCCUCAGAAGUGGAACAAGUAGAAGAAAAGCCUCUCGGUUAUCACCGAUACACCAAUGUUCGGGAGAAUACUUUAAUCUCUCGGCUGCUAGUUCCAACGAAAGCAUCAAUAGCGAGAAGCAAAAGUGUUGCUUCAUUGUCAGCUCCUGGUAAACAGGUUCCAGGAACCCAGACAACAUUAAUCCAAUACGUAAAUGUGCCUCUACAGCGCCAUAACACUGAUGAACUAAAGGCUGCCAUCGUGCUGCGCAAGUCAGCUGCCACUGUGCUGCCCCUCGAGAAAGUGGAAACACCCCCAGAGGUGAGCCAGGAAGUUCCCACUGAGGCAAGUGUGGAAUCACCCUCCAAAGCCAGCACUGAAGCACUCCCUGGGGCAAGUGAGGGGGCACCUCUCAUGGAGAGUAGCAAAACACCUCCUAGGGUAGACGUGGAAGCGCUUCCCCAGCGCUACAAGACGGUGCCCCCCAACGUGAGCUGUGGAGUGCCCUCUAAGGAAAAUAUGGAAGAACCCUCUACAAGCCUGGCCACGUCAUCCAAGGCCAGCAUGGAAGCAUUCCCCUGGGGAAACAUGGAAGAGCUCCCUGGGGUGAGCCUGGAAAGAUUGCCCGGGAGUGAGGAAACCUCACCUGAGGUGAGUGUGGAUCCAUCACCGGAGGUGAGCAUCGACUCCUCUCCAGAAGUGAGUGUCGACCCAUCACCUGAGGUUAGCAUCGACUCCUCCCCUGACGUGAGUGUAGAUCCCUCUCCAGAAGUAAGCUUGGACUCCUCCCCCGAUGUGAGUGUGGAAGCCUCAUCUGAGGCCAGCCCGGACUCAUCACCCAAGGCGAGUGCAUCAUCCUCUCCUAAGACAAGCGAGGAAGCUCUCCUCAGGGAGCAUGUGAAGGUGUCCCCUGAAGCGAGUGUAGACAUGUCCCCUGAGAAAUCAGAGAUGGACAAACCGGCCUCAACCCCUGUCAUCAAAAGGCGCCCAUCGUCGAGCAUCAUGUGUUAUAAAUGGGCAUCUUCUCAAGUCGGGUGGCGUCCACCUUCUCCCGUCAGCCCAAAGCAACUUCAAAAGAAUCGACCCCCUUCGCCUUCACCUUCACCCAGUGUGUCAAGAAGGUCUCCACCAUCUCCCCUUUGUUGCAGAGUAACUCCAGUUCAGCACACGGUAUUCACACCGAAUGUCUUGGGUGCAACCAGAAAGAAAAAAGAAAUUGUUUCUAAAGGCCCUAAAAGAUGUGAGUCUGUGACCCUAAAGAAGAUGUCCUAUGAAGAAGAGUCUUGUAAUAAAAGCUCACCAGGAACUUUGAAUGCUGAGGAGGCAACGAAAAUUUUGGCAGAAAAACGACGCCUUGCUCGUGAACAGAGAGAGAAAGAAGGAGAAUUCCAAGAGGCAGAUGCAAGGCAAGAGAAGCAUGUGACAGAACCAGCAGGUGAAGACCAAGAAGCCUCAGAAUUUGACGGAGGGCAACAGCCAAAAGAGACAAAGACAAGUGGCCACAAUCAAGAUGAGCAGAGAGGGCAACAUCAGAAAGGGGACACCAAAAUAAGAGCUCAGGAGGAGGCCGACAAACGCAAGAAGGAGCACGAGAAAAUUAUGUUACAGAAUUUGAAGGAAAGAUUAGAAAGAAAGAAGAGAAUUGAGGAAAUCAUGAAGCGGACAAGAAAGACAGAUUGGAAUGCCUCCAAGGGUGUGGAAACAUCCAGCAAGAGCACAUAUAAGCUGGACAAGGCAGAUGAGGAGGACGAGGCGGAUGAUGAGGAUGAGUCGGAGAGUGAGGGCUCUUCCAGUGACUUGCAGUCAUCAGCCUUUGUAAAUAGCAUGCAUUUACCCACAAAGCCCAAAGUACAUUUUAAAAAUGCAAGGAAGAAGGCACCCAAACUUGUGUUUUUAGAUGCCACUUCUAGCCACAUCAAUAAAGAGACAGAAGCAUUUUUAAAUGGUGACGUGAAAACCUUCAGACAACAAAGUGAGAAAGACCCUUUGGCUCAAGCGAAGGGCAGCAGACCAUCCACCAAAAGAAUGACCAACCGAACAGCAAAAUCCAGAAAGGCAAACAAAACUACUAAGACCUUGGGACCUUCCAAGAGUUCCCAUUCACAGGCACAGGAUUGGGUAUCUGAUAAGACUGUUGACAUCGUAAGCGAAACAGAACCAUGUGUGUCCAGUAUCCCUCCUUAUAGCCAAAAGCACAACCUGGAAGUUUCCACACUAUCUCACCAAAGGGAGGUGUCUUUAGAUGUCAAGAAAAACAAAUCCGUCUCUGCUCAACCUGAUAUAUAACUCAACCCCGUGCACCCUGGAAGAGGAUUCACACUCCUACUCUGGAUUUCGGCUUCCAGGCCCACCACCCAAACUUACUGUACCUCUGACUCAAACAUGGCAGAGACUGACCAUCACAGUAAAAAGGAAACAAGAAGUGACCCUAACCUCUCUCAGAAUAUGCUCGUGCCAUCUUGUCUCCGACCCACCAGGGUUCUGAGUAAAGGUGCUGCUUUUUUCCUGUAAAAAUCUCCUGGUCUCUCAUUCUUGGGUUUUCCAGCCAGGGUGUGAGUGUGCAUCAGGGUGUCCCUAUAAAAUGUUAACUCUUAAGUUUCUGAAAAAAUCUGUACCAAAGGAAUGCUUUUAUGUCCAUUUAUGUUUGAAAUCUCAAGAUAUUUAUUCUGUGUCACAGUUCAAUUAGCCAUUGAAAACCACAUCCCAAUCUUGUGGCAGCGCUAACAUGCGUAGACGCUUACAGGGACUUUGGUGGAUUGCUUCCCAUGUACUGACACCGAAGGUUGCAAAAUGGAGGAGAUCACACGGUACCUUGUGACUGACUCGGAAUUGUGUUUCUAACUAACGUUUUAAACUCUGCCGUAGUCUGCCAGCUGGGGUUGCCCUCAGACCUCCAAAUGCCGGGAGCCUGAGAAGCAUGACCCAGGAAUGGUUCGCACCUUCAAAGUGCAUGUUGGUGAACUUGAAGCCUGUUCAACUGUUGUUUGGUGUGUUUAAUUCCACUAAAGGUGAACUCUGUCUCUGUGCUUGUGCUCUGCUGCGCUGGGAAGCGGACCCCAAAGGUGCUUGAUUUCAGUAGCCUCUGGCUGCAAGUUGGGUGCCGGAGCAGCAACCUUAUUCUGUCCUGGUGAUGGGUAGGGACGCAUGUGGUGUGUGUCCUGAAAUCACUGUGACUCCUGCUUAAACUUUAACAUUGACCAAAAUGUAUUGUCCUAAUGCUAAUGAAUGUUCGGGGACUCACAAGUGUCUUGCAUCCUUUUCUAGCCCCAGAGCUGCAUUAGGACAAGGAAGUCAUUCUUCAUGACUCCCCAGUUCUUUGCUAUUCAAAGGACUGCACAUUUGUUAGAGAUUAUAGCUUGGUGCCUUGGAUUUAAAGACUAAUUUUCUAUGCUAGCUUUUAUAUAGAAGGCAGAGAUUCCUCACAAAUGAGUUCCUGCUCUUUUUCUGCACAAAUGUCAUGUGUUGAAACACUGUUAAAGCUCCAGGUAAAUGUGUGCUCUUUGAAAUAAACUUUGCAGCUACAACAAGCUGUCUCUUCAUU